CUAAGAGUCGGUCCAAACGGGGAGGGUCGGCUCAUUACGGCCCCCACAGGAGAUGAAUGGGUCAGUCAGGCAGUAAGGAGAUCUGGGCUGGACCGCUGCGUUGACAGACAGAUCCACACACAGCUUCAGGAAACACUUUACCGAGAGACGCACUUCAGCAUGUCGCUGGCUCUGCGCGCACAGCUGCUCCUCUUCCUCAUCUCCCUGUCAUCCAGGAUGGGGCUCAGUCGCUACAUUGAGGACAUCGAAGCUUCAGAUGGAUUAUAUUCUCUGCUCAGUUUGGACCAGAAAAGAGAAUCAGAGGAUUUUAUUUUCCGCCGACCUCUCAGAUGCUUGGACAUGCUGGCCACUGAUGGCUUCUUCACCUUUGUUGCGUCUCGGCCACAGCUGGCCUGUGCUGCUUUCAUCAUCGCUGAACCCAGUGAGGUCAUCAGCCUGGAGCUGUCUGACGUCAGUAUCGACUGCAGCGCUGGAGAUUUCAUCAAGAUGUUUGACGGCUGGGUUCUGAAGGGAGAGAAGUUCCCCAGCAGUCGGGACCACCAGCUCCCUCUGCACCAGCGCUACACAGACUACUGCUCCUCUCCAGCACCGGGAUCCACCAGCCGCUCCUCUCAGAACGUCGCCAUGAUCUUCUUCCGCGUUCACAGCCCCGACAGUCGCUUCACCCUCGCUGUCAAAAAGCUACACAACCCCUUCCCCUGUAACAUCAUGUCUCAGAGUCCAGAGGGCAGCUUCACCAUGGUGAUACCACACCAGCGCAGGAACUGCAGCUUCUCCAUCAUCUACCCUGUGGAGAUCCGACUGACAGAACUCAGCCUGGGGCAGGCCAAAAGCAAUGAGCUCAGCCCACAGAGGCAGGUGUGGUCGGGCUGUUCGGGGUCAGGCGACUACGUGGAACUGCUAGGAGGGAAUGGGGUGGACACCUCUCAGAUGUUCCCUGUAGCUGACCUCUGUUUCUCCCUCAGUGGGCUCGCCCAGAUGAAGAUUGGUUGUGAUAAUUCGGUGGUGAGGCUGGUGUCCAGUGGGAACUAUAUCAACCGUGUUUCCUUCCAGUACCGACUACUGGAACACAACGAGCUCCCCAAGACCCGAGAGAACAGUUUGGACAACUUCUGCAGUGUGGAAUGAGAUCAUGCACACAUGCACACACACACACACAUAUACACACCCACUAAUUGCACACUCAGACUCAGAAGUGAACAUGCACAUGCAAUCACACAGCCAUCCAUUUCUCUGUAAACAUGCCAGUUUAAUGAAAAUGUUCCAUUUGACUAAUUACGUCAAUAAAUAUUUUGUAUUGUCUUUGCCAGAUAUUUUAUUCAGUGCCCUAAAUAUGUUAGCUUUGAUCGUAGCAUAUUUAUUUGAAGGAUUAUUUUAUUCAUCUCAAAUUCAUGGAUUAUGGAGGAUUUAAUUGUUUUCUUUUUAGUUGUUUGUCAUGGAAUCUGUGAUACAUUAUAUUUCUUGGCAGACCUUCCCUCUGUUGUUCUUAGUUUACAUCAGCUUCAGUAUUCUCUGGGAAGUUUUACAUCUCUGCUGUCUCUUGUUUAUAUGACCUUGACAAUUUAAAA